AUGACAAAAUGCAAACUUGAGAAUGGUACUGUCCUAGGUGAUCGCGAACACCACCUCAAAAAGAGAUCAUUAUGGUCCAAAGUCUUCAGCAAAAACGCAGUCGACAAUGGAGAACUUGUGACAAGUAAUUACCAAGGAUUUGACGAAAACGCCAACGUUGAGAAACUUCUGGAGCAUUUAAAAAUUGCAAGUAGAGCUCCGAGGGAAGAGUCUCAAAAAACUCCUCAUACAUUUCCCAAAGCUGUUCCAGUUAUCAAAAAUAACAAGGCCAACAAUGGAGAACUCGUGACGAGUAAUUACCAAGGAUUUGAUGAAAACACCAAUCUUGAAAAGCUUUUGGAACAUUUGAGAAUUGCAAGUUCAAGGGUUGAAAGUUGCUAUUGA